AUGCCAAUCCUGAAAGUGCAAAAGCCCUCGUCGACCCUCUCGUCAUACAAGCGUGUCUUCCUCAUCCUAGCCGCCUGCAAGGCGGUGGAGCACACUGGAUUCUGGCGCCAGCGCUGCGCAGCAGACUCGCUUAGUGACGUUGUCUCGGCACUGGAGCAUGCAAGAACCAGGAAAGAGGCGGCCGUUUUAGUGCUUUUGGACGUGCAGAAUGCCUUUGAUGGCCUGCCGCACCUGGCAGUUAGGCAGAAACCAGCAGCCCUGGGCGUGCAAGACCGCACGCUGUGCUUUGUGCAGGGCUUUCUGUCGGGCCGAUUUUUCCGUGUGAGAGUUGGCCACGUGCUCAUUUAUCCACAACUGGUCUCGACAGAGGUGCCACAGGGUUUUGUAGUGAGCCCCGUCUUAUUGGCACGCCUGCCUGCUGUCAUUCCUUCCGGCCAGUGCUACCCAGUCCCAUUUUCCAAAUACGCUUACGACGUAGCUUUGUGGAACUGGGGCUCUACCAGGAAUUUGCGAACUGUCCGAUCUUGCCUGCAAAGUACACUGAAUUCUGCAUUCAGCCAUAUCGCGUCUGUAGGUCUGACUGUCUCUCCGGCCAAAAUGGAGGCAUUUUUUGUGCACCCCAGAUCAAGAACACGCCGCAGAGUGGCCCGUAUAACCAUCAAAGGCACCACAUUAUCGUGGGAGAGUGCGGUAACCCAUCUCGGGCUUCGCAUCAACCAUCGGGUGUCCUGGGCUCCCGCCAUCAAGGAAGCCAUAUUCAUGAUGAAGAGAACCCAGAAGGCAGUGAAGGGCAUUUUCCUCAGUGGCCGCGGCUGCUCAUCAUCCUGGGUCUUCGUCUUUACACAGAAGCAGCAACAUCACCACCGCUGUACGAAUUUCCCGUGGUAG